GAUUCCCCCCCCUUGUCUGAAGACCUGGAGGAGGACAUCUUGGAGGGACGUCACCUUCGUCGUCGUCGCCGUCGUGAUGUUCGCCAAAGGAUAUCGUCAUUAUGGGGACAAUGAUUACGCGGAGCUGUUAGGCAAGAGUUCGGCACGGGAAGGAGUCAUCCUGGAGCCGGUGGGGGAGAGCCUGAUUAACUCUGCCCAGGAAAUCCGGUUGGGUGCUAUCCCGAAGGGGGAAGGGACAGGAGUCCCAUUCUCGCCUGGUCGAAGAACUAGCUGUUCCCCCUCUGAUUGUCGGGACGACAAUCUGAAGAGGAGGGGGGCAGUGUUACGCCCGCUAAUAUUGGACGCCCAGUAUCUGGCGAUUUGGCGAAUUCCCUCUAUGAUGUUCAAGUUGCCUGGUUACGGUGGUGUUUUGUUGUCAACACGUUUGUAAAUGAGAGAGAGAGUUUGGCCCCUGCCUGGUGCAGACGUUCGAGGGCCGUUCUUUCUGUGUAAUAAAGAUCUCCUUUUUUCCUUCCUCACACGGCUCUAUUUCAAUUACGCGAGCGCGCACGCGAGUACGCGAGUGCGCGAGUGUGCGAGUGCGCGAGGUGUUGUGCGGACGGCGGAGCCGGACGUAACAAUAUAUAUUCUUUUCUCUAACCUAACAAGAUUUUUAUUGCAGCACGUACGACCAAAUAUUGGCCGACGCUAUGGCCAAAGCGGAGAU